GGGGUUACUCAUUACUGCAUGUAAUUGUAGGAUCAAUGAUGUAUAAAAAGAGGGAAAUUAUCCCUAACCCUAACCCUAACCCUAGGUAGAAGGAAGAAGGAAGAAGGAAGAAGGAAGAAGGAAGAAGAAGAUGCUUGGCGAGGAAGCCAGGAUGCUGCUAGGCUUUUUUCCCAAUUCCUCACCUUCUUCGUCUCAGGUGAAAGCAGCUUACAAGAAAAAGGCUUGGGAAACUCAUCCAGAUCGUUUUCCCCUUUCCCAAAGAUCUCUUGCUGAAUCCAAUUUCAAACUGAUUUCCGAAGCUUACACAUGCUUACAGUCUGGUUCUGGUGUGAGCAGACAAGUUUCAGCUUCAGGCACAAAUUCAUGGGUGGUGAGAAGUGGAGUCCCAAGGGCUCAUGGAGGACGCAGAAACCAUGCAUUGAUUGGAAUCCCAUUCUUAUUUAUUGUUUUAGGAACAGUUGCACUGGGUGGAUCCAGUGCCACUAGGGCUUACCGAAGGCAGAAAGAGGCAUAUCCCUCGCAUAACCCUUUCCUUCCUUGAGGUUACAUACAUAUACAUUCGGAAGGAAGUCAGGCACAUAAUCGUCUUGUCAUGUGCCAUGUAUUUAUUCAUUUUUGUUUUGUCAUAGAUAAAUGUUUGAAUGCACAACACAUACUUUCUUGGUCUUUGUCAAAUGCCACAGCUCCUAUGUACAGAGAAUCGACAGUAACUGAGAUGUGUAAGGAGCAAAGUAAGUUCUCUUACGAAUAAACAAGAUACAUACUUUUUGAUUC